UUUUCGCUAUCGCCCAUACGAAGUUUCUUUGUUUAUUUCCUCUUCUUUUCUCCGAUUAGGGUUCCUUCAUUAUUCUAUUUAGGAAAUUUUAAUUUUCAACUUGUUUUCGUGUAUUCUCUUCGAUUUUGGGUUAAACCCUAGAAGGCUCCUCGCGAAAGUGUCAGAUGGCAACUUUAGCUGAUUCAUUCCUUGCGGACCUUGAUGAAUUAUCAGACAACGAAGCCGAUGUUCUGGAGGAAGAAAAUAAUGAUGUUGCAAACAUGGAAGAAGAUAUUGAUGGUGACCUCGCGGAUAUCGAAACGCUUAACUACGAUGAUCUGGACAGUGUUUCCAAAUUGCAAAAAAGUCAGAGAUACAUUGAUAUAAUGCAGAAAGUGGAAGAUGCGCUCGAGAAGGGUUCUGAUAUAUCAAAUCAGGGCUUGGUACUGGAAGAUGAUCCUGAGUAUCAGCUGAUUGUGGACUGUAAUGGACUAUCAGUUGAUAUCGAGAAUGAGAUUGUUAUUAUCCAUAAUUUUAUACGUGAUAAGUACCGAUUGAAGUUUCCUGAGCUUGAAUCGCUUGUGCAUCAUCCAAUUGAUUAUGCUCGUGUGGUGAAAAAGAUUGGCAAUGAGAUGGAUUUAACCCUUGUGGAUUUGGAAGGGCUUUUGCCUUCAGCUAUCAUUAUGGUUGUUUCAGUUACAGCAUCAACUACCAGUGGCAAGCCACUUCCUGAAGAUGUUCUCCAGAAAACUAUUGAUGCGUGUGAUCGUGCUCUGGCUCUGGAUACUGCAAAGAAGAAGGUUCUUGAUUUUGUAGAAAGUAGAAUGGGAUAUAUUGCACCAAAUCUUUCUACUAUUGUUGGAAGUGCUGUUGCUGCUAAACUUAUGGGUACUGCUGGUGGCCUUUCAGCAUUAGCUAAGAUGCCUGCUUGUAAUGUUCAGCUGCUUGGUGCGAAGAAGAAGACCCUUGCAGGGUUUUCCACUGCAACGUCACAGUUUCGUGUUGGGUAUAUUGAACAGACAGAGAUUUUUCAAACUACACCCCCUGCUUUGAGGAGUCGUGCUUGUCGUCUCUUGGCUUCUAAAGCAACUCUUGCAGCACGUAUAGACUCCACUAGAGGGGAUCCUUUGGGGAAUGCUGGAAAAACCUUAAAGGAAGAAAUUCAUAAGAAAAUUGAAAAAUGGCAAGAACCACCUCCUGCAAAGCAGCCUAAACCACUUCCUGUUCCUGAUUCUGAACCUAAGAAAAAGAGGGGUGGUCGUCGCUUAAGGAAGAUGAAAGAAAGGUAUGCUAUAACAGACAUGAGGAAGCUAGCGAACAGGAUGCAAUUUGGAGUACCUGAGGAAAGCUCUUUAGGUGAUGGACUAGGUGAAGGUUAUGGAAUGCUUGGUCAGGCUGGGAGUGGCAAACUGCGUGUUUCAAUUGGUCAGAGCAAACUUGCAGCCAAAGUUGCUAAGAAGUUCAAGGAAAAGAAUUACGGAAGCAGUGGUGCCACCUCUGGGCUGACUUCAAGUUUGGCAUUCACACCUGUGCAGGGGAUUGAGCUCACAAAUCCUCAAGCUCAUGCACAUCAGCUUGGCAGUGGAACUCAAAGUACUUACUUCUCAGAGACAGGAACAUUUUCAAAGAUCAAGAGGACAUAGAAAGGGAAGAAGCUCACCUAAUUAGAUGACAUUUGGUUAUGCUGUAAUUACGCAUUUGAUAAGAGUUUUAUAGACUAAAGCACAAGUUUUGUUAGCUUAGCUGGCUAUAGUUGUCCCUUCUUUGUAAGCUACCAGUCACUGUUUCCCUGUUAUCUUCCAGAAACCCCUGUUUUUAAAGAACUGAUGAAGGCAGCAAUCAGCAGGUGAAAGAUUGAAGAGAACCAUCAGCAGCAACCAGUGUCAUAGGGUCAUGACUCUUCUCUUCUCAAAGGACAUGUAUGAUAAGGUAUGAUAGGAUGUAUAAUGCAUCCAGACUUAUCCUGUUUUUAUCCAAAGUGGGACUAAUGCAAUUUGUCUACUACUUUUAGAACACUUGGCUAGAUAUUGGAACUGGGCUGAAAAAUUAUGCCGGAAAAGGAAUGAUGCAUAACAUGACUUUUAAAAUACA